CAACAUCAAAGGUCAAAAACCUUCUUUCUAGUCUAUCAUUGUUCUUGGUUCCAAAUCUUAUCAGGUUCUUCUUCAAUAAAGAGAUUUUAUGGGGAGUUAAUACAAAAAAAAAAUCAUUAGGCCUUUUCAGUUUUUUUUUUCUUUUUUGUUUUGUAAAUUUCAGAGCAAAGAGACACAUAGAGAAAUCUGUAUGAACACAUUGAUAUUAACCAGAUAAAAACGAUGUCGUUUAGCCGUUCAAUACGAGGUCAUCACUCGUUGAACCAGGCACCACCAUUAGCAGAGAAAAUCACAGAUGAACCGAUUACCUCGAGAACGGCGCAGAGCACGGUGACUUGCGUUUACAUGGCGAAUAUCUCCGGCUACUGGCGAAAGGUGACGGUGACCUGGUGCAAAAACCUAAUGAGCCAUUUCUUCAACAUCGCGAUCCAGAGCAUAGACGGCGAUUUCCAUUGCCACACCUGCAAAAUCGACCUAAAGCCUUGGCAUUUCUGGAGUAAGAAGGGUUUCAAAUCGUUCGAGAUCGAGUCCAAUAACGUCAUCGACGUAUACUGGGAUCUCCGAUCAGCGAAAUUCUCCGCCGGGCCGGAACCGUGCACCGAUUUCUACGUAGCAUUGAUCUGCGACGAUGAGGUGGUGCUCUUAAUUGGAGAUAUCAAGAAGAAAGCAUACAAGAGGACGAAAUCGCGGCCAGCCCUAAUCGACGCAGUGCUGUUCUACAAAAAGGAGAACGUGUUCGCGAAGAGAAAUUUCUCGACACGAGCGAAAUUCGACGAGAGAAAGAAGGCUCAUGAGAUCGUAGUGGAGAGUUCGACGGCGGGGCCGAAGGACCCAGAGAUGUGGAUCAGCGUGGAUGGGAUCGUGGCGAUCCAUGUGAAGAACCUGCAAUGGAAGUUUCGAGGGAAUCAGACGGUGGUGGUGGGUGGGAAUGGAAAUAGUCAGACGGUGCAGGUGUUUUGGGAUGUGCAUGAUUGGUUGUUUGGGAGCCCUGGGAAUGGACAUGGCUUGUUCAUCUUCAAACCGGGGAUCGCAGAGGUGGAGGAGAGUGAGAAGGAAGGUAGUGGCCAUGGCAGUGAAAACGGCAGCUUGUAUUAUUCCACCAUUAGUAACUCCAAUACCAGUGAGUUUUGCCUUUUUCUUCAUGCUUGGAAAAUUGAGUAAAAAAAAAACAGAGAAAAAUUUGAUUUUUAUCCCUGUAUUUUAAUUUGAUCUUACUUUGUGGGCUUUUGUUUAUAAUAUUAAAAGUUGAAACCCC